AUGCAGAGUUCGCGGAUUCCACCCGGACACGACUACUGGAAAGCCUCCUGUCCCCAAUACCGCAACCCAAUGGAGCGAAACCAGCAAAUCGACAUAUUGAAGGAGGAGGGGCUCGAGGAAUCGACCCUCGUACGGGUCAGAUGUGGCCAGCGACCCCGUAUGCGCGCCAUAAUUGUGCAUGAAGCGCAAGAUAUCCUAGAUUCUCGUCUAUUCCUCGAUAACCUCGACCAGUAUCUCCUGUCACCAGCGUACCUGGAAUAA